AAAAUCAUCAAAUUUAACAGAAGAAUUUUUACAUAUAAUUGAAAGUGAUACAACAAUUCCGCUUAUGCAAAACACAACCAAGAGUAGCGCAAAUAUUAGUUUUCUACCUUGGUCAUUUGAUACUUAA